AUGGCACCAACAUCGGAACUACAACACCAUCACGGAGUCCUGGACGAAAUCUUCCACCGCAAGCAUACCCACGAUGAGCCCAGGGGGCAGUCGGAAGGUGCAGACAAGGCAGCGCUCAAGAAAGAAAGCAAUCUCGAAAAGUUCGAAGACCACAUCAAGAAGGACAAGUCCAAAUGGAAGGACUAUCUCGCCACAGAAGAGGAACUGAAUGAAGAGGGUAAGACCUACGGCGGGUUGAUGUGA